AUGGCUUCCGACAAGAAACAAAAGAAAGGAUCGCCCGCGAAGGCAGCUACAGCCAAGGGCUCUACAAAGGCUGCAGCCCCUCCUAAGCCACUUAUAUCAGCAGUUGCAACUUUUCUCAACGACUUCGGCUAUAGCUCCGCCAGCCGUGCUCUAGUCAAGGAACAUAAGCAGCGGGAUGGAGAGGAUGUUUUGCUUGGAAGCAAGGAUGCGGCACCAUCUCUCGUGACACUCUACUCUAGCUGGAAAGCCUCCUCCGAUUCAAGCAGCAGUGGUGUCGGCGACAACGAGUCUCAAUCCAGUGAAUCCAGUUCUGAAUCGGAUUCUGAUACCAGCUCUUCCGAUUCUGGCAACGAUUCGGAUUCUGAGUCGACUUCCGAUGCCGAGUCGUCAGAUUCAGAUUCAGAAUCUGAGUCCGAGUCCGGGUCUGGCUCUGAUGUGGAAAUGGACGAUGCCCCUGAAGUACAGAAAGAAAGCAGCUCAUCCUCGUCAGCAUCAUCUUCUGAUAGUUCCGAGGAAGAGUCUGAAGAAGACGCUCCUCCUCCAAAAUCACAAAGCCUUAAGCGUAAGGCUGAGUCUGAGGAUGAGUCACAGCCUUCCAAGUCGAAAAAGACAAAGACAGUCGAGGUCUCGAAGAGUUCCUCCAAAGACUUUGAAUCUGAUGAGGCUUCAUCCUCGAGCGAAAGCUCGUCCAGUAGCUCGGAAUCGGAAUCCGAUUCUGAUUCAGAUUCAGAUUCCGACUCCGAAUCAGAUGAUCAAAAUGAAACAUUGAAAGAAGCUGUGAAGACAGCUUUACCCGACUCCGACGAAAGUAGCUCAGAAGACUCAAGCGAUUCUGACGACAGCGACGAUUCUUCUUCAGCAGAUUCUUCUGAGGACGAAGGUGAACAGAAAAGCUCCAAUGAUUCUAGCGAUUCAUCCACUACGCUGGCCUCGGAUACUCCAAAAUCGGGUCCCAAGAAGACUCAAAAACAUGCAGAGAAGGAGUCCUUCAAUUCUGUACCCUUGCCACCUGAACCCAAAAUCAAGAAGCAAAAUACCGGCGCUCGCCCUACAAGGUUGGCUGCUGCCAGCGCUCUUCCCCACGACCAUCCCUCAAACAACUACGUUGCAUACGCUUAUGCAGAGCGUGCCCACAAGGAUCUUUCAGUCACGCGCGGGAAAGGUUUCACCAAAGAGAAGAACAAAAAGAAGCGCGGUUCUUACCGUGGAGGACCUAUCGAUAUUGGCCCUUCCCAAUAUAGCUUCAAGUUUGAAGACUAA